UUUGUUGUGAGAGAGAGUCGGAGAGCAGAGGAGACGGUGGUCGUGCAGCCUUAGUGAAGAGGUUGUUUAUACCCCAAUAAAACAGCUUCUUGGCUUUACAGCUGCAGAUUUCAACCAGGAAUUAGUUUGACGACGGGUUCUUGAUAUCCAACUCCUGAGAAAGUCGGUGAAGGACCUUGGAGUGAAGCGUGUGCCGGGGUGAGUGGAUGUUCGGUCCGGCUUCACGUCCAGACUUCGCUCUUUGGCACAUGAGAGCCUCGGACAUCGCUGUAAGUGAACGAGCAGUGAGGAGUAGGUUUGCUACUUCGAGGACCUGGAGACGGAUCAGUGAGGAGAAGGAACCGAGACGAGAGAACCCCAACACACUCCACUUUACCACAAACAGGUGACACCCAGCGUAGGCGGUAUGGGAGGCGGUGAGCGUUACAACAUUCCAGGGUCUCGCCCGGAUUACGCCGCAUCCAGAAAGUACAACCACGUCGGCAAGGCCAAGCAAAGGAGCCGAACCCAGCACGCGGUCGCCCUUUCCUCGCCCCCCGGGGCCGCCAGCCCCCACGACGAGCAGCUGGAGAUGAACUGCGGCUCGGUUCGCUUCUCCUACGGCGGUCAGCGCUGGGGCGGAACCGUGAGCCACCUGAACGACAUCCUGGCCACGCGCUGCGGCCCGGCCUACGCCGGGGCCAAGUUCAGCGAGCCGCCUUCUCCCAGCGUCUUGCCCAAGCCCCCGAGUCACUGGGUCCCCUGCGAUCGGCGCGAAAUGAUCGCCUUCCAGCUGAAAAGCCUCCUGAAAGUGCAGGCGUGACGGGGAACGAUCCGCUUCCUGCUCCCUCCUGCAACGCUGCAGCACCGUGAUCGAUUUUUAAAGCCAUUUUAACGUAACCGCGUGCGUUUGAUCGCUGCGAAUGCGGCUCGGUGCGUUUUUAAUUGUAUAUAGUUUUUUUUAAGCUGAUUGCGGUGCAGCCUUGCAGGUGGGAGACGACCCAUGAACUGGACUUCCUUAUCGCUUCUUGUUUUGUUUUCCGUUGACCGUUAAUGCGUACUUAGAUAUAUCCAAGCUGGGAAAUACGACAGUAUCACGAAUACGCUACGGUCACACUGUAAAAAAAAAAAAAACGUCAACACACGAAAAACCUUUAAUUGUUCAAAAAGAGAAAUAAUCGGCACAUGUAGCGUUUCCAUUGUAUCGUGUUUAUAUCGUCGUACGACCCACGCAGCGUUAUUUCCACCGCUCGUUUAUGUUCCGGAGACGCGAUGCGCGCCCAUGUGACGUUUUAAUCAUGUUUGGGUUCCGCACGAGCCUCGUCUCGCCUCCGUCGUUCUCUAGAUUAGAGAGAAUCGCCUCUUUUUGGGGGCCUGGGAGCUCAAACGUGAAAGAAUAAGCUAUACAAUCUUUAACGUGACGGAUCUGGCCCUCACACCUUGUUCGUUUCACUCCCGUGCUUCUUAAUAAGCGCUGUGCGCAAUGCACUAUGGGUGCUGGAAUUUAACAAGGUGUGUCCAUACCUAUACCCCCCCCCCCUUCCCUAAUUGACAUUAAUGUAGAAGUAAAGCAUCGCUCACCUGGAGUGUGUGCUGACUGAAUGAAUCCACCAUGAUGUUCACUGUGCUUUAUUCUACAAGCUCCUGGUCAGCACUCAGACCCACCCUGGAUUCACUCUAGCAGCUGAUUGGUUAAUCCGUCAUUUUCUGAUCUUUCAGUCCUUCCUCAUAAGUUCGAGGAGCGCUCGCACGUUUUCCGUUUCAUCGAAGCGUCAGCUGCUGGUGUGAACACAAGGUGGUGCUGGAGCUCUUCUUCAGCCUGGUUCUGCAGUCUUCCUCACCCCUGGCUUACUGAAGUAGGUCGAGGUUCCCUCACAGCAGCACCAGGCUGGAGAAGCUCUCGCCCCUCGCCUCAGUCCCGUCCUUUAUUGUAUUACAUGAAGACUAUCGGUGUAGGACGUUUUACGAAGCUGCUAUUAAAGGCGUCCCCGGGACACGCCCGCUUACAGGGGCGCGUGGUAUGGCGAACCCUGCGGAGGGAGGAGCGCGAGGUCAGGGGCGUGGACGUCGAUCGUCUGCCUCCGGCCUCCUGCGCCCCGCGUCUGCCGUACCUCGCGCCUCUGAAGCCGCCGGGCAGCUUUUAAACCGCGUGUGGACGUGUUUACAUUAAGGGCCGAAAGGUUCGCUGUUCUUUCGCUGACUUGCACUGCCGUUACGCGCCGUGUGUAACGAAACGCUCCCCCCCCCCCCCCCCCCCACCCACGUCCAGGUCUUUAUUUUUAUUAUUAUUAUGAUGAUUUUUAGGUUUGUCUUUGUAACAGGCAUGUGCUGAUAUCACCUGUAGAUCAAAUAUCUGCUUUAAAUGAUGAUUUUAUCUGAUGAAUUAAGUGCUUUAUGAUAAAGUGGAUUGGAGGUGGUGUGUGUCUUAGGGUAUAGUGUAUGCCCCGUACUCUUGUGGUUCCUCCUGAUUGGACGUCCUAAAUUGCCCCAAAAUGUGAUUAUUGAUGGCUUUGGGAAGGUGUAGCACCUUGUAUGGUCUGUGUUUGGUCCUCUGAUGUUCAGACCUUCUAAACGUGCUCGAUCGGCUGCUGUAAAUUCUCCCGAGGUUUAAACCAGGCGGCAUGAACAGGUGACCGUGUGGCACGACGCCCAGCUAUCGGGUCCCCGCUGUAAGUCCUGGUGUGAAACGAUCGCGGUGUAAACGAUUAUCAGCACAUGCCUAAAACUGCGUGUUUCUGGAUGCAUUAACGGCCAGCCCUAAACUGUUGGAUGGUGCAGUACGUAACGGAGCCGUGUAAAUAACGAAAUGUAUAAAAUGCUGUAGCAUAUUGUAUAUGAACGCAGGCCGAUUUAAACCUGCCCAUAAAGUAUUUUAGUAAGAACACUGUGAGUGGCGCCGGAAGGUGCGGCUCGGUUUAAAAAAAAAUAAAAUGACGUUAUUUUUGUUAAAAAAACAAACAAAAAAAAGUGCUCUGUGGAUGGUGUGUGGAAACUCCUGCGCUGUGCCAUGUUUCUGCCAGCGAUCUUGCACAUGAUUUUUAUUCUUUUUUAUGAUUCUCAGCACAGAGGAAGAAGCUCUGCACAAACAACCUCUCAGAGGGACUUUUAUACCCAACCAGCCCAAAUUACACCCACAUUGUUUAGAAUCAAUAUCAAGUUUUAUCUUUCAGUGACUUCAUUCAUGUUCAGUUUCAUUCUGUGUAUCCGUGUGUGAGUUUCACCUCCGCAGCCUCACGGCCGGAUCCACAAACCCUCUUUUAUUAUUUUUUUUAUUUGUUUGAUUUUAUUUACAUGUUUAUUUCUCCUCUCUGUAUCUGUGUGGGUGUAAAAGUCUCAACUUUAUGAAUUGGCUUUAAUUUUGUCCCAACAUUCGAUGUCACUUUGAAUAGAAACUGAGGCCGUUUUAUUGUGAUUGGUACUAAAAUGUUUUGACCGUGUAAUUUGGUUUAACAAAAAAAAAAAAAGAAAUAAACUUCCCCCCUUUACCCCCCCAA